AUGGGAAAGGGGACCGUCCGCAGCCCCGCCAUAGCCUCUGGGUCCCGGUCCCGCAUCUGCGCAGCCCCCAUCAGCUCUGGCUUGUCUGCGGCGUGGGUGCGCGGCCUGCUGUCCGUGCAGACGGCCGAGGGGCGCUGGCCGGGCAGGGCCGGGCGGAUGGCGGAGGGGGGUCAGGGGCAGGGCACCGACCCCCGGCGGCAGCAGAUAGACGCUGCCAUGUCCCCACAGCCCCGUGCCGGCCCCGGGCCGCUGACCGGAUGCCGCCGUCCACCCGUCCCCUCGAGGCCCCCCAGUUGCAUGGGCAACUUUCAGGGACAGUGGGAGUCCCUGUGUCCAGCCUCCCCAGUGACAAGCUGCCCUGUGGGUCUGCUGUGUUGCAGUUCUGCUGUGGAGGAGAGCGGCCCGGAAGAGGAGAACAUCCCAGUGGUGCCUCGUGGCCACAUCCAGUUCUCAGGCCUUGGCAAAUUCCAGAAGGGACGGAGGUGGCAGAAAAGGCAACUGAUCUUAUAUUCCAACGUGCUGCUCAUCUCCAACACAAAGUUGAAGAGUGACUUCAGAAUCAAGUACACGUUGACCCUGCGGGACAUGUGGGUGACAUUCUACAAGAGGAAAGGAAAGAAAGCCCGAACAUCGCUGGUCUUGGGCUGGAGAGACCGCAUCUUCGUGGUCUGUUUUCAUUCAGUUACGAAAAUGGAGCAAUGGUACACACAGCUUUAUAGGUAUGUCCUUAGUUCAGGUAUUUCAAAUCUUUUUUUAAGACUUUAUUUUAUUAAUUAGAAAGAUGGGGAGAGAAAGAACCAGACAUCACUCUGGUACAUGUGCUUCCAGGGA